UUAAAUACACUUAAAUUUAGAAACGAAGGGAGUAUAAAAUUGUGUAUAAAAUUGUAUUGAGAGACUUAUUUUAUAACAGAGGGAGUAUCUGAUAAUGUGGUGACAACUAACAACAUCAAGGAAUAGUCGGUGCUCUUCCGUAAAAUAAAUAAUCGAUGCUAGCACGCAUGCACCGAGUAGCUUCUAUGGUGUAGCCGGUACAACAUGAAGAAAAGCACCGACCGCCCACUGCUUGCCUUAUCCCAUCGCCACUCCUCUCCUUCUCUUAUCCAGAUCGCCGUCCCAGCGUGGUCCUCUUCCUCUUCUCCAUCCAACCCAGCCAGAAGCUUGAUCUGGCCGUUCGCCCCAGUCGCCGGUCCCGUGGGUCAGCAGCCUCGCCUCCACCCGAUUCAGUCGCGUCCUCCUUCCCAAGGCUUUCUCCGAUCUGCCAACCCACCACCCCACCACGCCUCGCUCUCUCUGCCCCCUCCUUCCCCACGCAGCGCCGAUGGGGCAGGGCCUCCGCGGCCGCCGGCGCCCUCUGCGACUCCUCUUCUCCAUGAUUCGCCCGCUAUUACUCCUCUCCUCCACGAUUCGUGGUGAUGUUGGGGUGGCAUCUUCUUCGAGCGGGAGGUGUGCCUCGUCCUCGCACAUGCUCGGCCGCGCCAUCGGAGCCCCCCGCAGAGGCAGUGCUCCGCCACCCGAUGCUGUUCUUCGCGUCGUCCCGCGCUCCCAAAGCUGGGAACCGGCUCCCCGCCUCCAAGUUCUCGGCAUCGACGUCCCGUGCUGCCUGCAUCCUCGCCAAGCCUGACUCGCAGCCGUGUAGCCCGAGCUCGCCAAGGCGCUUCAACUCCGCCGCCGCGCCAUCAUCUUCAGGCGCUCGAGCACGAGCACAAGCUCGCCCGCGCCUCACCUCUCUCUGCCGCUCCGUCCGCCGCCCGCGGUGCCGUGACCCGUCACUGCCGUGCCCUGCAUCACUCUGUAGCCGCGCCGCCUGGGUCGAUGCGGUCAGCGCUCCCAAGCCGUUGACCCCGCGCCAGGGGACGACUAUUUCCUCCCAUGCGUGCGCGCCCGUGCUCCAGCCCUCCCCUCCCCAUGCUGCCGGCACACUCGCGCCGCGGGGCCGUAUCCAGCCUGUGCCUGGACGACGGAAGCCCCCCCACUGUCCGUGCGCUCCGGCCAGCUCCCUGUCGCGCUCGAGACCUCCUCGAGUCUUCCCGCCGAGGCCUUCCCGGUGACCAGCCUUUGACUUGGGUCUCCUGUCCGCCUCGGCGCGGACGCCCGCCACGACGCCGGUGGCAAGCGGCGGCGCGUGCCCGGCGAUGGAGAACGGCAGGAUAAGCGGUGAGAGGCGCGGUGGUGAGCCAGUCCAAUAAGAGAUAAGGGUUGCGGGUAUAAUUUCUAACAAAUGCAGGGGGUUUUUACGCAAAAACAAAACAUUUUUCUAAAUUGCCACUAAAAUAGGGACUGCGGGUUGAUUUAUGUAAACCGAGGGGCUUUUUUGUAAAACUGCCAGGACGACGAACGACAGAAACCCAAUUCUCCAAUUGCGGGACGAAAACUAAUGGUAGAAAAAAAAUCAAUUGCGGGACGAAACUAAGAAUAUCACCUUGCUUUGAUAGUAGGUAUAGAUGUGCAACGCACGAAUCCAUAAAAAACUGAUUUUUUUUACUAUUAUAUAUGCUUUGCUUCUUCAUUUUCUUUUUUGAGGGAAUACUGUCUAUUUCUUCGGAUUUACUUAAUCAUUCUUACAAAGCGGUGAAUAUCAAUAUCUGCGACGGUGGCGGCAAGACGCUGGUGGUGGCACGGUUCGCGGCUUACAAGGUCGUGCUCUAGAGAUCGAUCGGGUCGACUGUUUGAGAACAUUCCAAAUUAUAAUUUUUGUUUUUUGGAUUGCUAAUUAAAGUACUUUGAUUGAUUGAUAGACUGUUUAUUGUUGGAAUGCUAAUUAGGGUGACAAUAUUUAUUUUUAAAUCCUAAUUACAUUGCUUAAUUGCUAAUUAUGAUGCUUUAAUGGGUACAACAUCAUUGGCGCAAUGUAGGCUAUUAGAUAUAAAGAUACGAAGAGUUUCUGCCAUAGCUUGGUUGUUUAAUAGUAGCGGAGAUUGUAAUUGAUC